GUUGAAAGCUCGAAGGAAAAUAUUUCGGCUUUCAUAAUUUUGCUUGCUUUGUAGUAUCCCCGCCAAAACCCUAUUUCUUAAACCUCAAAUUUAAUCUGCAGCCCAAAAUGUGGGGCUAACCCAAGCUCUGUUUUAGACAACAUCCAAAACGCAAACCUAAUCUCUCUCUCUCUCUCUCUCUCUUUCUCUCUCUAAAUGCUUCUCUCUCGUAGAGUUUCCGUUGUUGCAGCAAUGGGCAGCAAGCAUUUCCUCAGUAACCCACAGGUUUCUCCAGGGUCUUCCCGUCUUCUCUUUUUCUGUCUAAUCCGCCCAUUGCACACAGGUUCAUCUGCUGGGCUUCUCUUUGGAAACCCAACAAAACCCAUAUCCACUUUGCGUCUUGUUUCCCUGAAAAGGCCCAGACUUGCUUCAUUAAGGCCUGUAAUGAUCAAAAGAGCAGUUCAUGUGGAACGACAGGAAGUGGAUAAUGUUGUACCUGAGCGACUAUCCUUACUGAGAGAGAAGCUUAAAAAUGAAGGGAUAAUUUGUGACUCAUGUACUCCUGGUCAAUACUCUAAUAUGUUAUGCCCAAAGUGUGAAGGUGGGUCCACGAGGGAAAGAAGCUUUUCUCUUUUCAUUCGUGAAGAUGGAUCUAUGGCUUUAUGGACUUGUUUUAGAGGUAAAUGUGGAUGGAGGGGUCACAUACAAGCCUCUUCUAAUGCAUCAUAUGCUCCAGCUGAAAGAAAUGAAAAGAAACAAAUCAACGGAGAUUUGAACUCCAAAAAGAAACCCUCCAGGGUGCUAACGGAAAAGAGCCUUGGGCUGGAACCUUUGUGUCCUGAGAUACUUGCGUACUUCUCUGAGCGGAUGAUAUCACCAGAAACCUUGAGAAGAAAUGGGGUCAUGCAGCGUAAAAUGAGCGAUCAGAAUGUGAUUGCGUUUCCCUAUAGAAGGGAUGGUAGGAUUGUCAACUGCAAAUACCGUGACAUUGAGAAAAAUUUUUUUCAGGAAAGGGAUACGGAGAGAGUGUUGUAUGGACUAGAUGAUAUAAAGAAUGCAAGUGAUAUUAUCAUUGUUGAGGGCGAAAUGGAUAAACUAUCCAUGGAAGAAGUUGGUUACCUGAACUGUGUGAGUGUCCCUGAUGGUGCCCCUGCUAAGGUCUCAGAGAAAGAGUUGCCACCUAUAGAAAAGGAUACAAAAUACCAAUUUUUGUGGAAAUACAAGGAGUAUUUCCAAAAGGCAUCUCGUAUAAUCCUAGCCACUGAUGCUGAUGUGCCAGGCCAGUCUUUAGCUGAAGAGCUUGCACGGCGUGUCGGUAGAGAAAGGUGUUGGCGGGUCAGCUGGCCAAAGAAAAAUGAAAUCGAGGUUUGCAAGGAUGCAAAUGAGGUGCUAAUGCACUUAGGCCCUCAAGCACUCAGAGAUGUUAUUGAGAACGCUGAGUUGUAUCCCAUUAGAGGCCUCUUUCGGUUUGAUGACUACUUCGAUGAAAUUGACGCAUACUAUCAUCGAAUUCUGGGAAAUGAGCUUGGUGUUUCAACUGGAUGGAGAUCUCUAGAUGACUUGUACAAUGUUGUCCCUGGAGAAUUAACCAUAGUGACUGGGGUUCCUAAUUCGGGGAAGAGUGAAUGGAUUGAUGCUCUCAUAUGCAAUAUCAAUGCACGCGAAGGUUGGACAUUUGCACUUUGUUCAAUGGAGAACAAGGUUCGGGAGCAUGCAAGGAAACUCUUGGAGAAACACAUUAAGAAACCAUUCUUCGAAAAUUCUAGAUAUGGCGACUCUAUUCCAAGAAUGAGCCGUGACGAAUUAAGAGAAGGGAAGCAAUGGCUGAGUGAUACCUUCCAUCUCAUAAGGUAUGAAGAUGAUAGUCUUCCAUCCAUCAAAUGGGUUAUUGAUCUUGCCAAAGCUGCAGUCCUGAGAUAUGGGGUACGGGGACUUGUGAUUGAUCCAUACAACGAACUUGAUCAUCAAAGACCUCCCAAUCAAACAGAGACAGAGUAUGUGAGCCAAAUGCUUACCUUGGUUAAACGUUUUGCUCAGCACCAUCAAUGCCAUGUAUGGUUUGUUGCUCAUCCACGGCAGCUACAAAACUGGAAUGGUGGUGCGCCUAAUCUCUAUGACAUCAGUGGGAGUGCUCAUUUUAUAAACAAGUGUGACAAUGGCAUUGUUGUUCAUCGUAAUAGGGACCCAGAUGCAGGACCUCUAGAUCGAGUGCAGAUAUGUGUGCGAAAGGUGCGGAACAAGGUCAGUGGGAAUAUUGGGGAUGCCUUUUUGUCAUAUAGAAGGACCACUGGUGAGUUUAAAGACGUCGUUGAAGGCCAUUAAAAAGACAACAUGGUGCUAUUCUUAUAUCAUGAGCUUUUCACUGCUCAAAAGCUUGGGAUGUGCCCAAAAUAGAUCACCCCAUGCUUCAGGCCAAGCUUUUUGACCAAUGAUAACACAUCCUUCGAGAUAAAUGGCCAAAAUUUAACAGCAUAUAAUCAGUUAGUAUUUAUGUUUUAUAAGCAAUCGUAUUAGUAAUUUCCUGGGGUGGUAUUCUUUGUAAUGUCAUAUAUUUCUUUUGUUAGGGUAUGAUUUUGUAAUAUAUGGCUAAUUUAUGUCCAAUAGCAGUGUAUUUUGAACACACGGGGUUAUGCGACUCACUACACCCUUGAGAUGUGUAUCCCUCAUCAUUUGGAGCUGUUUUGUUGCUAUACUCCUACUGUGGAGUAAGGUACUCAGGUUGGUCACGUGGUUGUCAACAGACAGUGAACAUGAAUGGUUAUACUGUUGACAAACAACAUGUACGUGAAAUCUUAGACAAAUGCUCAUAUCCGCCGUUUGUUGACAAGUACGAGUGGUUGAUGGCUGUGAGUACCUUACUAGUGAUUAUUGGAUAUUUUCCCUGAUGGAAUUGCUUCUGCUGGGAUAUAAUGUA